CAACGUUCAAAGGCAUUUCAAGGUGACUCCGUCGAUAGGAAAUUCAAUUGCAGUCCAAAUUUCUUGGUGUGCACAGUUCUUUCCAAGUUUUUCCGAGAAACUUUUUAAAGUGUUCAAAUAUUUGUUGGAUUUAAAUCAACUUAAUUAAAAAAUAAUUCAAGAUGACUACCUAUUUCAACUACCCACCAAAAGAAGUCCGCGAUGAACUUGCAAAGAUCGCCAAGGCCAUCGUUGCUCCAGGCAAAGGUAUUUUGGCUGCUGAUGAGUCAACUGCCACUUGUGGCAAGCGUUUCGCUGACAUUGGCGUAGAAAACAACGAAGAAAAUCGUCGUCAAUACCGUCAAUUGUUGUUCACCGCUGACGAUGCCAUCAGCCAGAACAUCUCCGGUGUCAUCUUGUUCCACGAAACAGUCUACCAAAAGGCUGAUGAUGGCACUCCAUUCGUCGAAUUGUUGAAGAAGAAGGGAAUCAUUCCCGGCAUCAAGGUCGACAAAGGUGUCGUCAACUUGUUCGGAUCUGAGGACGAGUGCACAACCCAAGGUUUGGAUGACUUGGCUGCUCGUUGCGCCCAAUACAAGAAGGAUGGCUGCGACUUCGCCAAGUGGCGUUGCGUCUUGAAGAUUGGCAAGAACACCCCAAGCUACCAAGCCAUCUUGGAGAAUGCCAACGUUUUGGCCCGCUACGCCAGCAUUUGCCAAUCGCAACGCAUUGUCCCAAUUGUCGAGCCCGAAAUCCUUCCUGAUGGCGACCACGACUUGGACCGUUGCCAAAAGGUCACCGAGACAGUCCUCGCUGCCUGCUACAAGGCCUUGAGCGACCACCACGUCUUCUUGGAAGGUACCUUGUUGAAGCCAAACAUGUGCACACCCGGACAAAGCAACCCCAACAAGGCAACAAAUGCCGAAAUUGCAUUGGCCACCGUACAAGCUUUGCGCCGUACCGUGCCACCAGCCGUUCCCGGAGUCACUUUCUUGUCUGGCGGUCAAUCUGAGGAGGAAGCCUCUGUCAACUUGAACGCCAUCAACCAAGUUCCAUUGGUCCGACCAUGGGCACUUACAUUCUCCUACGGACGUGCUUUGCAAGCUUCCGUUCUCCGUGCAUGGGGCGGAAAGAAGGAGAACAUCAAGGCUGCCCAAGAGGAACUCAUCAAGCGUGCUAAGGCCAACGGUGAAGCUUCUCUCGGCAAAUACGCAGCUGGCAGUGUUGUUGGAGCUGGUGCCGGAGCAAGUCUCUUCGUCGCUAACCAUGCUUAUUAAAAUGCUUUCUUAUAUUAUUAUUACUACUAUAACAUAAAGAAAACAAAUAAUGAUUAUCUUGCUGUUGAUAAAUUAGUUGUGUAGGAAGAUUAUAAAGAAAAAAAUGUAAAACAUCAUCAUUGCACUCUCAAAUAUAAAAACUAUACUAUUAAUUAUUAAAAAUAAAGUUAUUUUAAAAGAACAAAAAAAGCAUAAGCAAACAUAAUGUUAUACAUUUUAUUUAAGAGUUACACAGAAUUAUGACUCAUGGAACGUAUUAAAUAAAGCUGAUUAGUUAUGAAGAAAAUUUUCUUGCUCGUUCUUCAUUGCUGAGACGAUAAAAAAAGAGAAGAAGACGAUAUAGUUGACGAUUAAAAGGUAAAUAAAUAAAAAAAAAAUUAAUGAAAAUGGUGUUAUGUAA